UCUGUUCCGUCAUUCUCUUUUUUCGAUGCAUUGAAUUGUUGUUUUGUGUUUCAUGUGCAAAUUAAAUAGAUUAAAAAACUUGAGAAAAAAUUGUGAAUUAUUUAAUUAAUUAAAUAAACGAAGGCAAUAAAACAAUAUCUUAUAGACAAAGUAUCGGUGGAGCAAGGAGAAACGAAAACCUAAAGUACUUUCCACAACCAUCAUCAACAUGGAUAUGACACCAGGACGUGCCAUAUACAUUCCCGAUGAGGAAUUAAAACCAUUGCGGACACCCAAAACAUAUCGACCCACAGAGACACAAGCUGCGACCAAUGCAAAUGCUCCGAAAAGUCUGUCGGCCAAUGCGACAGAGUUUGUGCCACGGUUUAAUGUUUUGAGUCACAAUAAUGUCCAAGAGCGAUUGCAAAGGCAUCAAAGGCAAUUUAUACAAGACAACUAUCAACAAUAUCAACAGCCACAACAACAACAACAACAGCAGCAGCAGCAACAACAAUAUAAUCAAUCCUAUGCCAAUGGCUAUAGUGGAGGACAUCAGCAGCAGCAAUUGACUCAUCAAAUAAAUUCUAUGAAUAUCCAGGAUCGUUUGCGCCGCACCAACAAUGGGGCUGGCAGUGGCAACAGCAGCUCCAGUAGCAGCGGCAAUAACAGCACAUUUUUUCCCCAAACGAAUCAGUCGUACCAUCGCAACAACAAACACCAUCACAACAACCACCAUAACAAUCAGCAACAGCGUUACAACAACCAUCACUAUUCGCAGCAACAUCAAUUCCACAAUAACCAACACCACCACCAUCAUCAUCAUCAAAAUCAGUCCCACAACCAUCAUCAACACCACCACCACAAUCAGCAACACUCGAAUCAAACCGCCUCGGCGGUGGCUGCUGGCGGCAGUAAUGUCGAUCCGGCCACUGAUGUCCAGAACAUUGCUUUGGAUUAUUUGCAAACUGUGAUUCAAUGUCUCAACCAAAAUCCUGGCCAGUUCGAUACCAUUGCCACACGCUUCAUAACCAUAUUCGAUGGCAUGGAGAACAAUCAUUAUGUGCUGUCCAUAGCCAUGGAGGAUAUAUUCGAUGAAUCCAUCAAGAAUCCCAACUUCCGUUACAUGGGGGCCCGUUUGUAUAAUCUCUUGCACAUGUUGAAUCCCUCGAAGGAUUCGCUAUUCCACACUUUCCUCAAGUGUAAAUUGGACUUCCAUCAGGAGGAGAUGCGUAACUACAUACAGAACAACCAACAGGGCAAGGUGAGGGAGACGGCGCUAUUUCUGGCCGAACUCUAUAUGCAGUUGAGGGGCGAUGAUUCGCGCAUUUAUUUAAUAGCCGAGAACAUAGUGUAUUCCUUGAAACAGUUGCUGGAGCAUGUGGUGCCCGAGAAUGUGCGUUGCAUUUGUUUGACUUUGAAACUGGCCGGCUAUGAUCUUUCGCAGGAUUGUACCGAAGACAUGAAGUACAUCAUUGGUCGUUUGGAGGCCAUCAACAGUGAAAAUCCGGGUAAAUAUCCUUUGGCCAGCAAUGUUAUCUCCUUGCAAAAGAACAAUUGGGGCCGCAAGACCUCCGGCUCGGACAGUUUGGGCGAAGGCGAAUCCUCCAAGCCACCAGAGCCCUUGCGCAUCAGUGAUGAUCCCGUGUUCUAUGGACCCGAUGGCCGAGAAAUAACCGCCGAAGAGUGUGAGUUUCUAACCAAUGGCGCUAAUCAAGACGCAGCCGCUGCCGGUGGUGGUAAUGGUUCGAGCGAUAACGACGACGACAAUGACUUGGACGAAUUGGAUCCCGAAAUGGAUGAGGAGACUGAAAGAGAUUAUAAACUAUUUCUUAAGCAAGCCAACAAUUCAUAGGUUAUAUACUAUUCUUUAAAUUGCUAAUUAUUACUAUUAUUAUAAAUAAUGAUUAUAAUUCCUCCCCCUACGCCCCCCUCCAUACCGACCCUCUUUCACUUCACACACACGAAAUUAAGAAGUAAUGUAAUGAUAUGAAAUGAAAUGAUAUGAAACGAAUCGAAACGACUCAAGGCUCGUAACGAAUAGAAUAUACAGUAAAAAGAAAACAAAAACAAAAAAACAUUUAAAGAGAGAGAGAGACAGAGAAACGUAUUAAGUACAUGAAGAAGAAGAACAACAACACGAACAUAACAUUACCAUUUAUUAAACCCUUGCAACAAAAUCGCCCAAGAAAACCCUAUUUCCCCCCGCCCCCCAAACCCCUACACCAACAGCCCCUGCUGAAAUUACAGUUUGAGAAAAAAAAGAACAAAACACAAAAAUGAAAUGAACAUGAAAAAAAUAUAUAAAAUAUGAAAAAAGCGCAUAAUGCACGUAAAAAAAUGUGAUGUUAUAUUGAAAGUAAUCUGCAAACAGACAGACAAAAAAAAAUCUUAAAUUUAAUGUGAUAUUUUCUCUUCUUUCUUUCUUCUUUUAACUAUCUCUUCAGCUAAUUUUACUUCUUCUGUAUCAUCAUUUUCACAAAAAACAAAAAAAAAAAACUCCCUUUUUGCCCAUAAUUUUUAUUGUUGUUAUAUUUUUUUAUUUAUAAAAAUUUUAAUUAUGAACUUUUUGUGUUUUAUGCAAAACGAUAUUUGGAUGAACAAAAAAAAAAAAACAAAACAAACGGAUAACAAUGAGACAAAGGAUUGCAGUGUACCGAAAGUAGAUUUAAACAAACUAUUUAUGCCCAGCCGCCUUUGACGCAACUCAAUGACUCAAUUUAAGGCUCAGUUUAAGUUCUGCAAAGUUGGGUGUCUUUGUCACAAACAUAUCUAAUGCCGUGAUACCAGUUUCAAGUAAUUUUGCCUGUUUGUCGAUGUCAAACGGUUGCUUUUCGUUCGUCCGGUCUUCUUUUUCCGAUCUAUAUUCGUCUAUAUAAACGCUUUUUAUAUCCACCACCGUAUAUUCAUUUUGUCAUUCCGUUUGCAACAUAUCGAAAUAUCCAUUACCGACCCUAUAAAGUACAUAUUUUCUUGAUCGGCGUAAAAAUCUAAGACGAUCUAGCCAUGCCCGUACGUCUGUCUGUCCGUCUGUCUGUUGAAAUCACGCUACAGUCUUUAAAAAUAGAGAUAUUGAACUGAAACUUUGCACACAUUCUUUUUUUUUUGUCUAUAGGUAGAAUAAGUUUGAAGAUGGGCUAUAUCUUGAUAUAGCCCCCAUAUAGACCGAUCCGCCGAUUUAGGGUCUUAGGCUAAUAAAAGCCACAUUUAUUAUACGAUUUUGUUAAAAUUUGGGACAGUGAGUUGUGUUAGGCCCUUCGACAUCCUUCUUCAAUUUGGCUCAGAUCCGUCCAGAUUUGCUUAUAGCUGACAUAUAGACCGAUCUCUCGUUUUUAGGUUGUGGGCCCAUAAAAGGCGAAUUUAUUGUCCGAUUUUGCCAAAAUUUGGGACAGUUGUGUUAGGCCCUUCGACAUACUUCUUCAAUUUGGCCCAUAUCGGUCCAGAUUUGGAUAUUGCUGCCAUAUAGAUCAAUCUCUCCAUUUAAGCCUUUGGGCCCGUAGGCUUAGUCCAGUUUUUUUUUCCUUCUUUAAUUUGGCCCAGAUCGGCCCAGAUUUGGAUAUAGCCGCUAUAUAGACCGAUCUCUCGAUUUAAGGUUUUGGGCCCAUAAAAGGCGCAUUUAUUAUCCGAUUUUGCCAAAUUUGGGACUGUGGGUUGUGUUAGGCCCUUCGACAUA